GCUCAAAUUGUUGAAUGUAACCAUUUGCUCCGUCACUAUUUAUUGAAAGGAAAGCAGGUAAAGCUCAUAGCUUCUGCACACAGAAAUGGAGGGUGAUGGAGCAGAAGAGAGACUAUUGAGGAAAACUGAGGCAGAAGUAGAAGAGGUAGAGACACUGAAGGAAAAGAUAUGGAAAGAGAACAAGAAAUUGUGGGUGGUGGCUGCUCCCGCCAUUUUCACAAGAUUUUCGACCUUCGGUAUCAAUGUGAUCAGCCAGGCUUUCAUUGGACAUAUUGGCGCCACGGAGCUUGCUGCUUAUUCUCUUGUGUUCACUGUCCUUCUCAGGUUUGCAAAUGGUAUUCUGUUAGGAAUGGCUAGUGCAUUGGAAACUUUAUGUGGGCAAUCAUACGGUGCAAAACAAUACCCCAUGCUUGGUAUUUAUCUUCAAAGAUCAUGGAUUGUCUUGUUUAUAUGUUCAGUUUGUCUUGUACCCGUGUUCAUCUUCACUGCACCGAUUUUGAAAGCAUUAGGCCAGGAUGAAGCUAUUGCAGACAUGGCGGGCACAAUUGCACUGUGGUUAAUCCCUGUGAUGUUCUCCUUCAUUCCAUCGUUCACCUGUCAAAUGUUCUUACAAGCACAGAGCAAGAACAUGAUCAUUGCAUACUUAGCAGCAUUUUCACUUGCAAUACACGUCUUACUGUCUUGGCUUUUGACAGUGAAAUACAAGUUUGGAAUUCCUGGCGCCAUGUUUUCGACAAUUUUGGCAUUUUGGUUACCAAAUGUUGGUCAGCUUGCGUUUGUUAUAUGUGGGAGUUGUGGAGAAACAUGGAAGGGUUUUUCAAUGUUAGCCUUCAAGGAUCUCUGGCCCGUCGUUAAGCUCUCUCUCUCAUCUGGUGCUAUGCUCUGUCUUGAACUAUGGUACAACACAGUACUGGUUCUUUUAACAGGAAACUUGGACAAUGCUGAGGUUGCCAUUGAUGCUCUCUCUAUUUGCCUUAACAUCAAUGGCUGGGAGAUGAUGAUAUCACUUGGUUUCUUGGCUGCAGCAGGUGUACGGGUCUCAAAUGAGCUUGGAAGGGGGAGUUCAGCAGCGGCAAAGUUCUCAAUUGUGAAUGUAGUGAUUACAUCAUUAGCCAUUGGUUCUGUGCUAUUCAUCUUUUUCCUCUUCUUUCGGGGCCAUCUAGCUUACAUAUUUACAACGGAUGAAGAUGUGGCUUCAGCAGUCGCAGAUUUAUCACCUCUAUUGGCUCUUUCUAUACUUCUGAAUAGUGUUCAACCAGUUCUUUCGGGUGUUGCUGUUGGAGCUGGAUGGCAGAGCAUUGUAGCAUAUGUUAAUAUGGCAUGCUAUUAUCUUAUCGGGAUUCCCAUUGGAGCUGUGCUUGGUUAUGUUGUCAAUCUUGAAGUCAAAGGUGUUUGGAUUGGGAUGCUGUUUGGCACAUUUGUUCAGACUGUUGUACUCGUUAUAAUCACUUAUAAAACUGACUGGGACAAACAGGUAUCUAUGGCUAAGAUACGCAUUAACAAGUGGGCUGUGGCAGCUGAACCUAAUGGUAACACACAAGAUGCGUGACAUGGAGUUAAUUUAUUUUGUUAUUCGACCUCCUUCUUGUGUAAUUUCAUUCAUUUUCUAUUACAACAUUAGUUUGAAGUUGUUCUGAAUGGAGGUUUUUGUGAUUGAGAUUCACCUAUAUAGAGAAUAUAUAGUCCGAAGAAAAGAAUCAGAACAGUGGUUUUUGAAACUAGAAGUGACUUUUUACUCUAUGUCACACAAUUCUUCUUAACGAACGUCGCUCUUACGCUUCGAGCGUUUUCCCA